AUGUCGGUGGAGCAUCUGCUGCAUGCAAUGGUGGAAAAGCUGAAAUUGGAACCUGUCCUGGAGAUGGGUCGGUUGCUUGGCAUUGGAAGCCUACUUCAGGACUUGCAGAAAUAUUUCAGUAUGAUCCAUGGGAAGAUCAGUGGCAUCGAUGAGAGUGCAGUUCUUAUGAUCAACGUCAACAACGAGCAGUACCUCCAGCUCCUGCAGAGGCUCUGGUCUCUCACACUUGAUACUGAUGACGCGCUGAAUAGGAUCUCUCGCCAUCUGAGAAAAAAGGGGGGCAUUUUCUCAUUUCAUCAGGUACGCAGAUCGCCCAUCUUUCGGAGGCUCCAUUUUCGCCGUGUCAAUAAGAUAAGAGAGGCAGUAGCUAGCUUGGAAAACUGCUAUGCACAAAUAUAUAGAAUCAGACUUCCAGCCAAACAUACAGAUAUCCAGGAAGCUAUGAGUUGCCAGAGAACAUGUGGCGAACCUGAAGGUGUACUUGGUAGAGAGAGAGAAUUGGACGAUGUCCUAAGAAUGAUGCAAACUGAUGACAGCACACCCGGCUUGUCAAUUCUCCCCAUAACGGGAAUGGCUGGAAUCGGGAAGACUACCCUCGCUCAGCUAGUAUUCUGGCAUCCAUGGGUUGUUGAUACCUUUGGUGAUGAUCGGAUUUGGGUUUCGGUACCUCGUGAUUUUAACACCAUGGUGAUAUUGAGUAGAAUAGCACAAGUUCUAACCACCCAGCAGUGUAGCACAAGUGAUUCGCCAGAAGAAGAAAUGAUAGAGCAGGAGGACUCUGUGAAACUGAAGUGCCUUGUCAAAGAGAAACUCAAUGGGCGGAGAUUUUUCCUUGUACUGGAUGAUGCGUGGGAUCAGGAUCGGGAGAAAUGGCAGAAGCUGAUGCAAGUCCUUGAUAGUGCUGGAAAGCCCGGAAGCAAGAUGAUUGUCACUAGUCGCAUCCCUGAUGUUGUAACAUUGACCAAGUCCCUCAAACCAUACACCUUACAGCGUCUCUUGCCAGCUCAUUCUUCAAGUCUGCUCACACAAUGGAUGCAAAAUCCUGCAGAGUUGCCACCACGGCUCAUCCCAAUCAGAAAAAUGAUUGCUGAAACAUGUGCUGGCGUGCCCUCAUUACUUCUCAGCGCAUCAAACAAGCUGAAGAGCAUACGGAAAACUCAAGUCGCUUGGCAGCAUGUCCUGAGCAGAUUUGAUCUCGUCUUCUAUGCAGACCGUCUUUUGUUGGAUGCGGCUUAUGUCAGCUACCAACAUCUCCCUCCAAGCAUCCAGCAAUGCUUUCUUUACUGCUCACUGCUCCUAGUUCAUAGCUUUACACCUGAACAACUGACUGACAUGUUUGUUGCUGAUGAGCUCAUAAAACUGAUAAGCAGCAAAUCUGACAUGCAUCUCUACUUCUCCCAGAUGAUGACAGAACACUUCUAUGAUGUAGUCCAGAAAUCUCGACAUGGAGGAAACAUUGUUUACAAGAUGCAUCCUGGGAUGCAACUUCUUGCACAAAGGAUCAGCCGGGGAUUCCACUUAGCGAUAGAUGCUAGAAAGGAAAUAAUUUGGCCUUCGUGUGAUGCCAGGUGUCUCUCCUUACUUGUUGAUUGUGAAACCAGUAAGCUUCCACCAGAAUUGUUUGAAUUGGAAAGUUUGAGGACCCUAAUAUUGCUCAGAGAUGAAAAUAUGCUUUUGUCUGAGAACAAGUGCGCAAUCACCGAUAUCCCAGCAGAGUUUUGCCAACGUCUGAUAGCUCUGCGUGUACUGCAUAUGCAAUCUUGCAGGAUCAAAAGGAUUCCUAGGUUAAUUGAUAUGUUACAGAAUCUAACCUAUAUCAAUCUUUCUCACAAUGAUAUUGAGAUUGUACCAGAUUCAGUUAGCAACCUUCGAUUCUUGACCCACUUGAAUCUUUCACAAAAUGAGAUCACUGAACUGCCAGAAUCAGUUGGAAAGAUGCAAUCCUUGCAGAUGCUGGACCUGUCUCACUGUGAAAAACUUCUUGGCUUGCAUGAAGCAAUAAGCAACCUUGUGAAUCUAUAUACUCUAAACCUUGAAGGCUGUCACUACCUUGCUGUAUUACCCAAAGGCAUGAAAAACUUGAGAAGUCUUACGUACCUGAACAUUCUUGAAUGUCCUUUACUAACUCAAAUGCCUCGUCAGAUGAACCAACUCACAAGCAUCAAGAUAUUGCCAAGGUACAUUGCAGCAGAAACUCCCAAACAUACCAUCUCAGAGUUACGUCCUUUAGUUUAUUUGAAGGAACUCGGUGUCCAGAACAUGGAAAAUUCUUCUUCUGCUGAUGCCAGAAAUGUAAUCCUGCAAGACAAACACGAGCUUGAGUCACUGGCAUUGAGUUGGACUGGAGAUUGCACAGAUCCUGAAACUAGCUCGAGAGCACAAGAAAUACUUGAACAUAUGAAACCACGCCGUGGUUUGAAAGUGUUACACUUAUUUUCCUAUCCAGGAAGGAAACUUCCAUCAUGGAUAAACAGUGGCGUACCUUACCUAAACUCCCUUACUGAUAUCAAGUUGGUUAAUCUGGCAUGUGAAAGCCUGCCACCGCUGGGACAACUACCUAACCUCAAGAUUGCUGAAGUAAGCGGAAUAGAUGCUGUCACAUGUGUAGAUGACACAUUCUAUGGGGCCGAUGGCACAUUCUUCUCAUUGGAGAAACUAUCGUUCUUUCACAUGCCCAACCUAAAAACCUGGGUACCAUCACACAGAGAAGGACUUUUUCCCUGCCUUCAAGAAUUGACAAUCGCCCAAUGCCCAAAAUUGACAGCAGUACAUGUAAAACUCGGAGCUGUUACAAGCUUGAUCAUGCUGAUGAACAAUGAAAAUUUGAUUGCAUGUAGAGGAUCACUCCAAGGUUUGUCUCGGAAUCUAAGGUCUCUGUCAAUUUCCCUGUGUGAAGAGCUAUUAGAAAAUUCUCAAUGUGAGGGAUUGCAUGAACUUCAUGUGCUUGAGGAGCUCCAAAUUUCAAGGUGCACAGAAUUAAUUUCGUUACCUGGUGGUAUGAGGCAUUUGUCACUCCUUCGGAGUUUGACUAUAACAAAAUGCACAAAAUUAGAGACCUUGCCAGAGUGGUUGAAGAAUAUAACCUCUCUGAGAUCAUUGUGCAUAUCUGACUGUCCAAAGCUGCACAUUCCCGAGAGUUUGAAUAAUUUGUCACAUCUCCAAAUUAUUUUGGAGUGA